ACAAUAAAUACUCACUUCUUUGAAAGUUCUGAGGCUUUGCAUCCGAACGAAUGAGCGUGACAUUUCACUACUGUGUGGUUUGAGUUGAAUUUAUGUCGCCAGUUUGUUGGAACUAGUGAAAGACAUGUGGAAAGUGUUAGCAAUUACAACUGUAUUACUAUAUACAAUAAUCGUACAGUCUAAAAAGCUUGUGUCCGUCGAAGACCAUACCAAAGACAAACUUAUAUUCGCGCACGUGGUCUAUCGUCACGGCAACAGAACACCGUUAGUCGCAUAUGAUACUGACCCCUGGAAGGAUCAAAGUAACUGGGCACGUGGCUGGGGAGAGAUAACCAACAUCGGAAAACGAACCCAUUACUAUUUGGGUCAGUGGUUGAGAAAUCGUUACAAGGACCUGAUCGGCGAAACCUAUUCGGGGGAUGAAAUAUACGUGCAGUCCACUGAAGUCGAUCGCGUGCUGAUGAGUGCUCUGUCGAACCUCGCAGGUCUGUACCCACCGAGUGACAGAGAUCUGUGGCUUCCGAACAUCCACUGGCAACCAAUCCCGGUGCAUCAAAUUCCGAAACCGUUAGACGAUGUCAUUGCCGGAACGAAAAGCUGCCCCAAGUUUCUCAAGUUAAAAGAAGAGUAUUUACAGUCUGAUGUGUAUCAAGGAUAUCUCAAAUCCAUCGAACCCGUUCUUAAAUAUGCAAAUUCACAUUCCAAAAUGGAACUUGUCUCCGCCGAAACUAUUUAUGAUUUGUACAGUUGCCUAGAUAUAGAACAUGAACAUGGAUUCGAACUACCGGAAUGGACCAGUAAGGUUUAUCCUGAACCCUUGAAGUCCAUAUGCGGGGAGAUGUUCAGAUAUAGCACCAACACAACAGCAAUGACUCGCCUCAGAGCAGGUCCGAUCAUCAAAGAAAUCCUGACGCGAUUCCAACAAAAGGUCGACAAUACACUGGUUCCCAGUAGGAAUCUCUGGAUGUACAGCGGGCACGACAUAAGUGUAGUCAAUUUGCUGAACGGAUUAGGGCUAUUCAAACCACACAACCCACCCUUUGCGGCCUGUGUCAUGGUGGAAUUAAGGAUGGCCACACGCGAUUCUCCAUAUGUUUCGGUUUUCUACAAAACCAGCAACGACGAGCCGGAGCUACUGGAUAUACCGAACUGUGGUCCACGUUGCCCACUGGAAAGAAUGUUCGAACUCUACAAGGACAUCAUACCGGAAGAUUGGGAACAGGAAUGCCAAAUCUAAUAUUCUGGUAAAAAAGCUAGGUAUCACACAAUUGAUUGAAUUCGGUAUUCAAAUUUUUUGAAAACAGGCACCUGUUUUGUAACAUUUUUCGAUCGAAACAUAAAAAUUCUGUUGGAAAACCUUAA